AGCGCGCAAGCCAACGUACACGACUAUACGGCCCAUGGGCUAUGUCAGUACGUCCCACCACCCGCAUCCGACACGCCAGUUCGGCUGCACUGAAAAAAGAGCCCAGUUCCGCUCGAACGCGGCGCCGCCGCACUCGCACGCUGCUGAGCUCCCGGCGCCGGCGAGCCUCUCUUGCUGCCCCCCGCGCGGAGUGGGCGGCCUCGGCGUGCCGCAGGCCCGGCUCCACGCGGCGUGGCGCCCGAGGGUGUUCCGCCAGUCCAAGUGCCCGGUGGUAUGUACGCCUCUCACACUCGCAGGCUUCUUCGCCGCGACAGGGGAGCCCGUGCCCAUGGCGGCGCCGCCAGGAGGCGCGCGUCGACGCCUCUGUUGUGCCUCAUCGGCGCCAUUCUCCUCGUCGCGAUCUCUCGCCACACCCUGCUCCCCAAGAUGCCAUUCCUGGGCUCCUUUUGGAGAGUUUCAUUGGCACCUGGUGGUUACAUUCCCACGCCCAAAUCUCACGGUGUGAAGUAUGAGCUGCACACGCUCCCUGUGGAUGCAAAGGCUGUGGCUGACGGUGACACGAUCACAGUGUAUGUUGACACGGCUGACCCUCGUGAGUCCGGCAACGUGCCCUGUGAAGUUCAGGAAGCCGCUGCAGAGCGAACCAAGGCGCGGGCGGCCAAGAACUAUGAGAAGGCUGACACGCUGCAGAAGAUUAUAGUGGAUGCUGGAUAUAGGCAAGUUCCUGGCUUGACAGGGGAACAGGUUCUCGCGAAGAAGUACCGGGUCAGGCUAAGAGGGAUUGAUGCACCGGAGAACUCGAUGCCUUAUGGUAGAGAGGCGAAAGAGGAGCUAGUGAAGCUGGUGCAGGGAAGAACGUUAAAGAUUUCCAUAUAUGAUACUGACCGGUAUGGUCGAUUAGUUGGAGAUGUUGACUGCAAUGGUGUGUUCGUGCAGGAACACAUGCUAAAGAAAGGUCUCACAUGGCACUACACUGCCUACGAUCAACGUCCAGAGCUUGCCGAGUGGGAGAAGCAGGCACAAGCGGGCGGGUUGGGCCUGUGGGCGCUGCCUAACCCCGAGAAGCCAUGGGAAUGGAGGAAGGAGAAGCGCACGAGGAAAUGGUGAAUCGUCCGUGACCAGGAAGAGUUUGUUUGAUUCGCUCUCCUGAGAUUCUUAGAGAAAACUAGCUUCAAACACUAUAAUAUGUACAAUGUACCUCAACCCUUUCAUGUUGUAUUGUACUGUAACAGCUUGUGUAGAGUGAAAGCUCAAAGCAGGAAGCAUCGAUUGGUGUGGCCCAAUUAGGGACGCAGUUUCUUCUUCUUCUUUGCAUUAUUACCGUUGUAAACUUGUAACGAUUGCUUGCUGUAAACUAUGAUGGAGUGGUGUCAAUGAAUGGAUAAUGCUA